UAUCGCCUUUCGGCUCUACGAGGGUAUCAUGUAGCAUUAUCUCCGAGUGCAGCGAGGCGUUACUCAAUUCAAAGAAGUUAAAAAAUGACCUGUGUGACGUAAACACACCUGUGGUCAGUGGUAUAUAAAGCACAGCUCCACGUGCCGAAAUCAUUCUUUUUCUCUGAGCGGCGUGUGUUUAUACCUGUACAACAGGUGAACAUCUUAUAACGGUGUGUAUUAAAACUUAGAACGUUGUUCAGGUUUCUUGUCUUGUUUUCUGCUGUAAAACAGCUACCUUAUUUAAUUUUAUGUAACGUUAUACUGGUAAGGUAAGUUAUUACAAAGUUGGGUACUUUACCGUAAUGACGGAAAAUCAGGACGAUGUCCUGUCGUUCAUGGGAAGCGACCAUGAGAAUUACUCAGACAUAGAUGAAUUGUUUGGCGAUAAACCCCGGACACGAAGUGUUACGGAGGACACAAUAACAAAUGCAACAAAUAAAAGAACUAGAGGAAUGAAGCGCAAAGCGCAGACCUCAUGUUCAGCGAGUGCAAGUGCACCGCCACCACGGGUGACAAAACAAUCUAAAAAGUCAAAAACUCAGUCUGAAUGUGUUCAAGAAUUUAAUGUUGACGAGCUAAAAAAUCAAUUAGGAAUAGAUAAAAUCUUACAAUCUAUUUCCUCACUCACUGACACUGUAAAACAGUUGGGUAGUUCCAAUAGUAUGGCACGUAAUACGUGCAAUGUAAAUGACAUGCGGUCCACCGAAACUACGGUGCGCACUUCGGGUAAUAAUUCUCCCGGUAAUUUCACACAAAAUGUACCCAAUAGACCGCUAAGAAAUUUGGUAAACAUACCUGAUUAUGAUUCACGACAGACUCUUGGCGAAACCCCUGAUGAUUUUGACUUUGAUUUUUCUUAUUUGAAUGAUCAAGUUUCUCCCUCUAUUGAAGGUGUUGACCCUCAAGAAAGUUUUAAGGGGAUUUUAAAUGAUGAAUCAAUUCAGAUAACAAUUGAUAACAAUGAUUGGGAUAUCCCACAAUUAAAUGCAAAUGAAAAAACUGGUCCAAAAGUAAAUGAAGCACUUGGAAAAGCUGUAAAUGCAGCCAUCUCUAUUAAAAGUAGCAAAGAAAGCAUGGUUGAUUUAGAGAAAAAAUAUGACAGACCAGAAAACUGUAAUUUAUUGAAAGUUCCCCGUGUCAAUAAAGAAAUAUGGGAUGCCAUGAAUAAGCAGGCCCAUUCAGAUGAUCUCACUUUGCAAGUAAUUCAAAAAUCUUUAGCCACGGGUAUGAUACCUUUAGUACAGAUGGCUGAUAUGCUUGUAAAUAAAAAAGAACUUGAGCCUCACGUUUGUAAAAAGAUGUUGGCUGAUUCAAUAAGUAUGCUUGGCAAUGCAUUCUACAAUGUCUCUAUGAAAAGAAGAAAUGAAAUAAAAAAUGUUUUGAAUUUUCGAUAUCGCAAAAUUGCUUCUUCUGAAAUCCCAGUUACUGAUCACUUGUUUGGAGACAAUUGUGUCUCUAAACUCAAAGAAAUGGGUGAUAUUACUAAGCAACCAAUUGGAAUGAAAUCGAACUAUGAUACAAAAUUUAAAAAUACAACUCAAGCAAAAAACUACAUGUCAAACCAAGGGUAUCAACCCAUCCAAAACCCAUACAGAGGCAAAAACCGCCAGUAUUCAUCAUACCCUUCCCAGAGAGGCAGAGGUCAAAGGGGACAAUUCCAGUACAGAAAUGCAAUGAAAAAGCAGUACAGUUACAACAAGUAA